GUUUACCAUGGCUGAAGCCACCAGGUUCCUCCUAAGAUUGCUCCUGUUUUCCUUGUUGACUACAAAAGGAUAUCAAGCAAUUACAGCCAGAGCUGGAUCUGCUGAUAAUGCAGAGUCUAAAGAUGAACUGCAUGCAGACUUUGAAGGAGACUCGAUUAGCAAUGAUGCUGGAGAGGAAUCUUCGUGGGUCAAUGGGCCAACUGAAGAGUCAUCCUUGGAACCAAAUGAGACGAGCAGCUACAAUCUCACUGCCAGCGAGCUUCCUGAAGCCGAACCACUAAAACAAGACAGAUCUGUUCUAAAGCACCAGAACUUAUCCAACCGUUUUCAACAGGCGACAACAGAUAAUCCUGCUGAGCCACGAAGCUGCCUACCCACGGAUCCCGACCAGCCUCCAUGCCCAACUCAAAGACCCCUGCGGCUGCUUUGUCCACCACCCCAACAGCCUAUCUGUCCACCCAACAAUUCAAAAACCCAUGUCCUACCUGAACUGUCAUUCCAUUUACGUAGAUUGCUAAAGCUGCUCAACUACAAACCUGAGGUACUGGAGGAGUCACCACC